AUGACGCGCUUGCUAAUACAGACUAGCGAAUUCCCAUCAUUAUCGAACAACGCCCAGAUGUCGAACCCCAACCAGUCGUCUAUGUGGUCGACAGCUGGAUCGCGAAACCUGGGGGGUCCCAGUCAGCGCAACCAAGCUACCCCUCAGCAAGGUGGCCAGGAUGAUAUGUUCAGUCCCACCUCUUCCAGAGGGCAAGGCGGGUUCAGAUUCGGUAACCAAGGCAACAUUGGACAACAAACUCAAUCAAGCAGCGUUGACGACUUUCCACCACUGAAUCAGACCUCGAAUGGUGAGAUGGGAUCAGAUCGGACGGCGAGCUUGAUGUCAUCCCUAGGCUUCGGCUCUCAAGCCGGCGCUGGACCUACAGCGAGCAAUAGGGGGAAUGGUCUUCUGAACGCAUUGUCGGCUAACAGCCGGACGAAUGAGGCCAGGUCACCUCCUGGUAUUGGAGCCCCUGGCUCUUCAAGACCGCAAGACGGCAAACCUCCUGGGCUGGAAGAGCCUCGACAGAAGUCGUCUAAGGACGAUGCGGUACCAGACGAUGCUUCUAACGCAGCGGAUUAUAACACCGCGGACUUUAGCGCCACGAAUUAUGUUGCACAAACGAUGCAAAAGAGACUCGAUACUGCGGAUGUCAUUGACCCUCUAGAGGGUAUGCCUGCGUCAGACAAGUGGGGUCUCAAGGGCUUGACCACAUUGAUGAACAACUAUCCUGACUACCAUGCGAUGGUUGUGGGAAUGGACCCCAACUCGCUAGGACUUGACAUCAAUUCUCAAGAGUUGUUUUCGACUCAGAUUUACUCGCUAUUUGAUGACGCACCUCCUCGACCAGCCCUUUCCAAUGGAAGGUUUCGAUUGCCAGAUUGUUACAAUGUGACAAACGUGCAACCUAUCGAGAGCAAAAUUCAGAGCUUUAAUGAAGAGACUCUGUUUUGGAUCUUUUACAGCUGUACAGCAGAUGUGAAGCAACAAAUGGCUGCAGUUGAGCUGCACUCACGAAACUGGAGGUGGCACAAGAAACACCAGAUCUGGUUAACCAAAGACGAGCACAUGACCCCUCAAAUACUGAGUCCUAACCAUGAGCGAGGCUACUACGUCGUUUGGGACACCAACUCCUGGCGCAAAGAGCGUAUACAACGCUGGGCCAGGCGCAGGUUGUGCCUUGAUAGGAGGAGUACUUACCACCGCGAUUGGAGAGAAUUUCCUUUGGUACAGCCGAGGAUUCCCCACAUGCAAUUUGACGUAACAGUCGGCGGAGCUGGAAUCUCCCGUUUAGCGCCCCGUCCUUUGAGCUCGUGGGACUACAACUGUACAUACUUAUCGUCAUCUCGGCAUCUUUCUUGGACGGCCACCUAUCUCGGUCGAACCUGUAUAGUCUCCUAUAACUCCUCGAAACGUCCGCCUCUUCAUUGCGACUCAUACAUCAUGGCGGACGACCAAAUCUCAUUGCCGUACUUAUUGGCCAUCCUGGUCGUCUCGGGCUUGAUAAUACGAUAUCUGUUCUUUGGAGGACCGUCGCCACCUCAGCCCACUCGAUCCCCUGAAGCUUUCCUCCGGUCAAGAGAGAUUGCAGUUGAGCGAAUACAGCAGAUGUUUCCGCAGGCGGAUAGACGGAGCAUUCUAUGGGAUCUGCAGCGCAACGGAGGAAACAUCCAGAGCACGACAGAGCGAAUACUAGCAGGACGACUGGACACGCCCCCCGUGACUUUCCAACCGCCACCUCCUCCGGGCCAGUCCACACCGAGCAGCAGCGCAGCGACGGCGACUCGACAGCCUGAUAAGCCAGCUCAGCCGGAUCUCAUCACACGGUAUAACCUCAAGGAUAAGUUGGAUACUACGUCGCAGGAGGAGCAGGACGCCAAGGGCAAGGGAUGGAGCUCGAACAGAGAUGAGAGGCAAGCUUCGCUACAGAGGAGAAGGGAUGAGAUGAUUCUUGCGGCGCGAAGGAAGAUGGAAGCUAAGCUUGCGGCUGAGAAGGCGGCUCAGGGGAAUUGA